CCGAUCUCUCCUCGACCCGUCCACCCAACCCAACCUGACCAACCACCAACCCACCACAAAAUGCACCUCCCCACCCUCGCCCUGACCUUCGCCAUCCUCCUCCGCCCGGCCCUCACCACCCCCCUCCUCGACUUCUCCGCCGCCAACGGUGACCCCCCGUCCACCCUAGGCAUCCUGAACCUCGAAGAGGCGCGCGACGAGAAGAUCUCCGCCAACACGAACGACCUCUACAUCAAGCUAGCCACCGACCCGCACGGCGUCCCGGCCCUACACUACCACCGCAAACAGUCCUACAUCCGCGCCGAGUACCACGCGCUCGCCAACCAAGUCGAAGAGAAUAAGACCUACUACAUCGGCUACAAGUUCUCACUAGGCGUGAUCGAGCAGAGUCUGAUGAUCUUUCAAUUCAAAGCCUACGCGGGCAACAACGCCGCCACCCACGGCGCCAACAUCCCGCUCUCCCUCGAGUUCAAAAGCGGGCAGCUGCACCUGCAGUACCAGGCCGAUAGUUCGAGCGGGCGGGAGCCGCAGUGGUCGCGCACCGUCGACCCGGACACGGUAUACUCGGUGGGGGUGGUGAUCCACACGGGCCGGCCGGGGUGGGUCGAGUUCUACUUCGAUGGCGAGCAGCAGGUGCUUGGGGAUGCGGGGGCGACCAGGCUGUCGGCGAAUACGUGGACGGGCCGCACGGAGCCCAAGUUCGGGGCGUAUCGUGGGGAGGCGGUUGCUAUUGAUACGUAUGUGUAUCGGGUGCAGAUUGGGACGGAGGUGGGGGAUAUUGCUGAGGCGGCGGGGUUGGAUGGGGGUUCUACAUCCAGUGUAAGUGCUGGUGCUGCGGGAAGUAAGACUGCGAGUGCGAAUGCGAGUGCUGCUGCAACGAGUGCCCCCGCGGCGGGGUCUUGUUCCUGGGAGGGACAUUGUGCUGGUGCUUCCUGCGCGACGGAGGAUGAUUGCUCGGAUGCGUUGGUUUGUGCCGGGGGGAAGUGUGUGUCGUCUUGAUUUGAUAUUCAGGUUUUCGAUCAUGCGGAGGGUAAGAUGUGGAGGAUAAACCGGCAAUAACAGGGGAUUUAUGUGAGGUAGAGCAAGCAGCAGGAGGCCUUGUUUCGGUGACCAGAUUUGUAUAAAACGGCUAACAAUGCUAAAGUGAUGGGAGUAGUUCAUACCUCGAUAUCACAACU